AUGGCUGGUCGUCAGUCUUUCGCCGAGCUCGCACAGAAGUUCGUCGCACAGCGCGCCCGCCAGGGCUUCCCGGGCGGUGGCGGGCCUCGUCCCGGCGGCGGCGGCGGCAACGGUGGUGGACCCAGCCUCGGGCAGGCAGUCGGCGGCGCAGGAGGCCUCGUCCUGCUCGCCGUCGGUGGCCUGGCCAUCAACUCGUCCCUCUUCAACGUCGACGGUGGUCACCGCGCGAUCAAGUACACGCGCCUGAACGGCGUCACUGAGGAGGUGUUCGCCGAGGGCACCCACGUUGCCAUCCCGUGGUUCGAGACGCCCGUCAUCUACGACGUCCGCUCCAAGCCGCGAAGCAUCGCCUCGCUCACCGGCACCAAGGACUUGCAGAUGGUCAACAUCACUUGCCGUGUCCUGUGCCGGCCACGCGUCGACGCCCUCGCCAAGAUCUACACCGAGCUCGGCACCAACUACGACGAGGUCGUCCUCCCGAGCAUCGUCAACGAGGUCCUCAAGAGCGUCGUCGCCCAGUUCAACGCUUCCCAACUCGUCACCCAGCGCGAGAUGGUCUCCAAGCUCGUGCGCGACAACCUCGAGCGCCGCGCGUCGCGCUUCAACCUCAUCCUCGACGACGUCUCGAUCACGCACGUCACGUUCUCGCCGGCCUUCAGCGAGGCCGUCGAGGCCAAGCAGAUUGCGCAGCAGACGGCGCAGCGUGCGGCGUACCUCGUCGACCAGGCGCUCCAGGAGAAGCAGAGCAUCAUCGUCAAGGCGCAGGGUGAGGCCCGCAGUGCAGAGCUCAUCGGCGACGCCGUCAAGCAGAACAAGGGAUUCCUCGAGCUGCGCAAGAUGGAGGCCGCUCGCGAGAUUGCCGGCCUCGUCAGCAACUCGGGCAACAAGCUCAUGCUCGACUCGGACGCGCUCCUCCUCAACCGUGCGUCCCGCCUUUUCUCUCUCUCUCUCCCUCGCGCACCCUCCUUUCUCUCUUCUCGUGACUGA